UAAAAAAUGCAUGGCUAAUUCCAAUGAGUCCUCGACUUACGUGACGAGAUCAGGAAGAACAUCACACAAAAUCGUUACUAAUUUGUUUGGUACGAGUACGAGGUCACGAAACAACAACAUGAAUGUCAUUCCUGACGAUCCGAGAAAUGAGGCGAGACGUCAUCAGGCGGAUCUAGAGAGGCAAGAAGCUGAAAUACGGCGACUCACUCAACAAUUGAAUGAGCAAACGAAUAAUGGCAACAAACUUCAGGAAGAAUUACAACAAUCAAGAGAACAACUACGCCAAGUUCAAGAAAGUGUUCAACCUCAACAAAAUAAUAUCCAGAUAUAAUUCUGGGAAAUGAUUUCAACUUGAAAUUUGGUAUGAUCAUAGAUUAUUGGAAGACUCAAUUGAGAUUGAAAGAUGAAGUGAUCCCUACUCAUUUGGUUUUGUUUGAG